UGCGUGCGUUGUAUUAAAGAAGCACAAAAGAUCACGCUUAAGGAAAGGACAUUCUCUUACAUCUUGACGACGAUGAAUCGUGACUGGAAAGACUGCGUCAUCAACGAUUCGUACACAUCGACGAUGAUGAGCGUGGCGGAUCUGUCGCAUCGCUGCACCAACGUGAUGAUCAGCAUCAACGCCUUGGCUGCUUUUUUCCUUUCGAUCGGCGAGCAUCUGCUCCAGUCGAUGAACGACGCCGAUCGCGUGGACAAUAAUUCUCGGCAGCUCCCUAUAAAAAUGGAGUUCCCGUUCGAUGUCAGCAAAUCGCCGGUAUUCGAGUGCUUUUUGGCGGGGCAAUUCCUCUACGAAUUGCUGCUGGCUUCUGUGGUUGGUAUGGUGAAUGCGUUGCUCGUGUCAUUCGUGCUCCACGUAAGCGGUCAAAUUGAUAUUAUGCGACAGGACUUAAAUGAAAUUUCUAACAGUAAAUAUGAUUCCAGCACAUCCUUAAUUGUCAUCAAAGGUCUCAUUCACAGGCAUCAGAAAAUCAUUACUUUAUCGGAGAACAUCGAAAGUUUAUUUUGUUAUAUCGCGCUGAUGCAGCUCUUGUGGAAUACUUUAGUUAUCUGCUGCACUGGUUUUGUUAUUGUAAUUAGUAAGACGAUUAACGAUGCAGUGUAUGAGUCGUUUUGGUAUAACAUGCCGCCAACCGACAGUCGCAUUUUGUUAUUCAUGUUGCUACGAUCGCAAAAGCGAUUGACUAUUACUGCAGGAAAAGUCGUUGAUUUAACUUUGGAAGGAUUUACAAGCAUUAUGAGAGCAUCAGCCUCCUAUGUAUCGGUAUUAAAUGCGACGUACUGACUUCAGAUGGUGCCUGUCGAUCACAAUAUGUGCAUGCUCACUGUUGGCUUAAAUAUAAUAAUUUUAUCAGACGAUCAUUAUUGUUGACUGAUAAUGAAUGAAAUUGUCGUGAAAUAAAAUUAUUUCAGUGUAAAUUAUCCUUUAAAAAUUCAGUGGAUAACUAUUCUUCGUAUGUGAUAAUAGAAUUCCACUCCAACUUUUUCUAUGUGCAAUUUUUUUAUAUCAAUUGUUAUGUUUUUAUUUCCAUUGUGCUGUCAAUAAAAAAAAUGUUGCAGAUCUAAAAAAGAAGGUUUGCGAGCAUGUUUUGUAAUAAUAUCAAAGAUUCGUCCAUAUCCGUAUAUAUGUUUAUGAAUCUUUUAUUCUCUCUUUUCUCUUUCAAAUUUCAGCUAUUGCAAUCAUCGAAUUUUCAAUUGACAUUUUGCUUUUUCUUCAUUAACAUAAAAUUCUGCUUACUAUUUUUAUGAUAUGUUGUGCUAUCUUCUUUCGGAAUCUUCUUUAGAAUCUUAUAUUUAUCAAGAAUAUUUAUCAAGAAGCUUUAUAUAUGCGAUAUUUUUGUAAUGAAUAUGUGCUUGUCUUUUACAAUUAUGUGUAAUGAUAUUUUUUUUAUAGAAAUUAUUUAAGGAUGUUUUGUACGUACAAUCGUAGCAAAAAGUUGCUGAAAUUUGAUUUUGAUGAAUAUAUGCUCUUCUCAUAUAGUUUGAGUAAUAAAGAUUGCACAGAAUCUUAUCAUUUAUUCAUAAGUAGAGUGCAGAAAUGUACUUUUAAAUUUCUGUUGUUUUUUUUCUGAGAAUUUUCGAAUUUUCUGAAUUAUGCUUGACGUGCGGAUAAAGGUUAGUUGUGUUUAUCCAUAAUGCCAAAAGUAGGCCCUUAUCGAUGGAAAGGAAAAAUAGUGACCAAAAAAGUGUAUGAAAAGAAACUUCAACAAAAAAAAU